AUGUCACUUUUUAACACUUUUAAAUUUCCGGCCCCCGUACGUCCCGUAUGUCCCAACGCUUGCAGGGACCAGAACGUGGAAGACAAAAGCCGGCAUCGGCCGGAGGAGAAGGCCGGGGACGCUGUAGGGGGGACAUCAUGGGACCGCAGGACAAGGUAAGUGAAACAGGGAAUCCCAGAGCAAUGCUGCAGGGUAUUCCCGAGUGUAGCUCGGGGGAAAGUUUCAGCAACACAAUUGGUAACCCUGAGCUACACUCAGCAAUGCCUUGCAGAGUUGCUCUGGGAUCU